AUGACACCUGCCGCUCAGAUCGGACUCGUGGCCAACACUCUACUCAUCGUCAGAAGUGAAGGCGUUUUAGCGCUUUAUAACGGAUUAACUGCUUCUCUAUUAAGACAAUUGACUUAUUCGACCACAAGAUUCGGGAUCUACGAAGUGGUCAAACAGAGGAUCUCUCCAAAUGGGGAACAAAUACCACUUUUGCAUAAAAUGCUUUUGGCCGGUGUUUCAGGUGCUGUCGGAGGUUUCAUCGGUAGGUUCGACCGCAUUAUCAUAAGUGAUGAAUGCGUUGAAUAUCUGAAUGAAAUGUUGGAAAACUUUGAAUUAAUGAUUUGUUGCGAAUCAGGCACUCCGGCAGAUAUGGUGAACUUGUCGUCAUACGAUCAGUUCAAAUACCUGUUGAUGACCAGCGCGCCCAAUAUAUUCGAGGAUAAUUUGUUGACACACUUCACGUGCAGCACUUUGGCCGGUGCUAUGGCCACCACAUUGACUCAACCGUUGGAUGUCUUGAAAACAAGAUUAAUGAACGCUUCGGCCAAUGAGUACCAGAGUGUGGGUCAGUGUAUUGGUCUCCUAUACAAACAGUCAGGUCUUAUGGGGUUCUUCAAGGGAUACGUCCCGGCGUUCAUACGUCUGGCGCCACAGACUAUACUGACAUUCGUCUUCUUGGAACAGUUGAGGAUUCGGUUCGGAAUCAGAAUAAUCUCUACUAAAGAAUAAGAGCACAGAAUGUCUUCUCCACUAUUAUCUCA